AUGGACACGACGUCGCUGGCGCUCGAGGUGCGCGCGCUGCGCGCCGAGCUCGCCGAGGUCCGCGCCAAAGGCGAGGGACAGCAAGCGCAACCCGUGUGGUUCGCGCGAGGGGCGCCCUGGGAGCUGCUGCUUGUGGUCGUGCUCUGCAACAUCUACUGGCACGACUGGGCCAACGCCUACGUCGACGGCAAGCUCGGGCUGCGGCGCGUCGAGCUUCGCGGCUCGUCGAGCACCAUCGACCCCGCGCCGCUCGUCAUGCUGCUGCCGCUCGCGAUGCUGGCGUUUUGGGACUGCCGCUACAACGCGUCGAAGCGGCUCAUCACGUGGAUCCCCGAUCUCUACAUGAACUACGCGCUGCGCGUCGCGGGCGGCUACGGCAUCGUCCAGGUCCUCGCGCAGGACCUCGGGCUCAAGAGCGGCAUCAACCAGCGGAACAUGAUCCAGCAUCCGGCGGUGCAGUUCCUGAUGCUCUGGGGCGGCGCGUUCAGCCUGACGAGCUACCGCAGCGAGGGCAUGGUCUCCGUGCUGUUCUACUUCGCGCUGAAAUACAACGUGUCGAGCAACGCGACGUCGGCCGUCUCGCGCCGCGUCCUCGCCGACGACGCCCUCGGCGCCAACGACGUCGACGGCGCCCUCGGCGCGAAUGCCCUCAACUCCCUGGACCUCGACGCGCUCGUCGCGGGCGCCGGCCUCCGCGUCGCCGCGGACGCCGCGGCCGACGUCGCCGGCCUCGAGUCGCUCUCGGAGGAGGCGCCGCCGCUGUCGGCGUCGGCGCUGCUGCGCUUCGAGCGCGACGGCCACCUCUGCACGCGAAGUCUGUUGACGGAUGACGAAGUCGCGGCGAUCGCCGAACCCGUCGCGAGGAUCGCCGCGGCCGAGGCCGCGGACGCCGUGCGGCACGCGGAGGCCAUGAACGACCUCCACGACGGCGAGCGCGCGCCAUUCCUGCAGACCUUCAACGCGCACCGGCGCCACGCGGCCGCGCGGCGCGUCGCGUCGUGCCCGCGGCUCGCGGGCGUCGCGGCGCAGCUUUUGGGCUGCGACCGCGUGCGGUUGUACCAGGACUGCAUCUUCAAAAAACGCGCGGGCGACGAGCCGACGAACUGGCACAGCGACCUCCACACGAGCCCCCUCGACACGAACGGCUUCGUGACGUGCUGGUUCCCGCUCCACGCCGUGCCCGCGUCCGAGGAGGGCGGCACGGGCCUGGCCUACGCGUCGGGGUCGCACCGGGACCUCGCGCUGCCCAUGUGGUACGGCCAGGACGGCGACUGCGACGGCCGCUACGACGUCGUCGACCACGGCGCCUACGCGCCGGGCGACGUCUCCUGGCACCACGGCUGGCUCUUGCACAGCGCGCCGGAGAACGUCCUCGAGGACCGGACCGCGGUCGCCGUGUCCUUCUUCGCGGACGGCGCGCACCUCAUCGACGAGGCGGGCAUGCUCUGCGUCAACGACGAGGACGCGCCGUCCUACGAGGCGUGGCUCGGCGACCUCGAGCCGGGCGCGCCCGCGGACCACGCGCUCCUCCCCGUCGUCUACCCGGCGCCGCCCCGUCUGCUCCUGCUCGCCGUCGCUUCGGCGCGACCUGCGCCGGCGCCGGCGCCCGGGUCGAAGCGGCUCGUCGUGCUCUCCGGCCCGCGCACGGGCAGCUCGCUGCUCGUGGCCAUGCUGCGGGCCCACCGGCGGCAGAUCCUCAUGCACGGCGAGCCCUUCCACCAGUACGACCUGCGCACGUCCGACAAGGACGGCUUCGACGGCGACGUCGAGGUGCCCGACGACGUCUUCGCCGCGCGGCGCAGCGAGCCGCUCCGGCUCCUCGACCACAUGGCCGCGCACCACCGGGGCCGCGAGAUCGUCGGCUUCAAGCUCUUCCAGAAGCACAUGAGGACGAAGCAGCUGCCCGACUUCCUCAAGUGGGCGACGCACCUCGUCUGGCUGAGCCGGGACAACGAGCUCGCCCAGUACGUCUCCGUGUGCCUCGCGCAGAAGGGCGGCGUCUGGGUCCAGUACGACGAGGCGCGCGAGUCCGCGCGGAACGUGACGCUCUCCGACGACUUCUUCCGGCUGUGGAUCCACGCGGAGAAGCAGUUCAUGUCCUACGCCCAGGGCAUCGUGAGUUUAUUGGAGGUCGACGGCGCGGCGCCCGCGGUGCUGCGGCUCACGUACGAGAGGGACCUCUGCAGCCUGGACCUCUACAACCGGACGAUGGGGAAGCUCGAGGCGUUCCUGGGUCUGGGGCCGACGGACGCGGCGCCGCGGCUGCCCGUGAAGCAGCACGGCGAGGUGCUCGCGGACCUCGUGACGAACUGGGACGAGCCCUACGUCCAGGAGAUCGCCGCGCGCUACGCGCACCUGCCGACGACGUGCGCCAAGCCCAAGCCGACCCUCGACGAGCUCCUCGCCGCGGGCGGCGGCGGCUUCUGGCGGCGGCGCCUCGACGCGGACGACCCGGACCGCGGGCGACGGAAGGGGCGGCGCCUCGAGACGGACCACGGCCUCUGCAUCGAGGGCCGCGAGCAGCGGAACGGGUUCGGCGGCGGGAUCUAA